UACAAAACAAAGCAAAGAAAUAAGUUGUAAUUGCAACAUUUAAAAAAAUCACGAUACAAUUUACUAAAAUUACAAACAUAUUUCGGCUGCAUGUCGUUACUUGUGCUAUUAGAUCUUAGUGCCGCUAUUGACACCAUUGACAACAGCAUACUUUUACAUAGACUUGAAAAUGAUGUUGGUGUUAGUGGAAUAGUAUUGCAAUGGUUUCGUUCAUACCUAUCUAACUGUUUCAAUUUGUAGCAAUAAACAAUGAAGUGUCACGCAAAUCACUAGUCCAGUACGGCGUGCCACAGGGCUCAGUCUUAGGGCCUCUGCUCUUCACACUGUACAUGCUACCUCUAGGAGGUAUAAUUAAGAGACAUGAUACUCAACUCUACAUUUCCUCGAGGCCUCACAAAACACAGCAGUUUUGGAAUGCAUAGUUGAUAUAAAAACUGGAUGAGUAGCAUCUUUUUAUUGUUGGACAAAACAGAAGUGUUACUUACUGGACCGAAAAGUGCAAUACGCAACCACCAAGAAUACUACUUAACUAUUGACGGACGCUCAAUGAAACCCUCGUCGUCAGCUAGGAAUCUGGGCAUUUUAUUUGAUAGUAAUCUGUCAUUUUAAAACCAUGUUGCCAACACCUGCAAAACCUCGUUUUUCAUCUUAAGAAUUUAUCUAAAUUACGUCACAGGCUGUCACUAUUAAAUGCAGAAAAGUUAAUUCACACAUUUGUGAUGUCAAGACUAGAUUAUUGUAAUGCACUGUUAGGCGGUUGCCCUGUAGGUUUAUUACAAAAACUCCAACUAGAUCAAAACACGGCAGCUAGAGUUCUUACACGAACAAAAAUGUAUGAGCAUAUUAGCCCAGUCCUGUCAACAUUGCACUGGUUACCUAUUAAGCAACGUAUUCAAUUUUAAAUCUUACUGACUACCUAUAAGAUCCUGCACGGUUUAGCUCCACAGUACCUGAGUGAGCUUCUACUACUAUACAGUCCCUCAUGUUCACUACAUUCUUUGGGCUCUGGACAGUUGGUAAUACCUAUAGUUUAAAAAUCAAGUACAUUUAUACAUAUAAGUGCAGGUGGUAGAUCCUUUUUCUACUUAGCGCCCAAACUCUGGAACAGUCUUCCGAAUAGUGUGCGGGAGGCAGACACACUCCGCCAGUUUAAAUCAAGAUUAAAGACGCAUCUCUUCAACCUUGCGUACACAACACUUCAAUAAUACAAAUCCUCUAAGGGAUUAUUAGGCUGCAUUAUUUAGAUCAACUGAAACCAGGAACACUUCCUAUAAAACUGAUGCACUUGUAGAAUGGUAUUCUGCUAUCAGUUUUCUUUUAUCACUGUUCUGAGGUCCAUAACCAGUCCAGAUGGUGUAGCUGAAAGAGGGAGGUGGCCCUGACAUGUCCCCACUAUACAACAAAAUUGCAACUGCAAUUAGCUAUUAGAAUAUUAAGAUAAUAUUAAAUCUAUCAUCUGCCUCUUUUAUUUCUUUUUGGGGGGGUUAUUUAGCCUAUUUGUGCUAGCACUGUCGAGCUUGUAGAGAUGUAGCAGUAGUGCCAGAGGAGAACUGGUUCCCCUGGCUGGGCCUGGGUUCUCCCAAGGUUUUUUUUUCUCCAUUGUAGUUUUGGGUUCCUCGCCACUGUUUGUACGCUGUCUGCACUUGUUUUGCUGGCCGGGGGCUGCUGCAGUGUUUCCCCUACCAUUACCUUAGGGGGGCGCCCCGCCCCUCCAACGGCACCUCCCGCCCACCUUGAAGGUCAUGUUAAUUAAAUUUUUUAUGUAGCGUUAGAUCACAAGAGAAGUAAUUUAAGGUUACCUUUCCUAUAUAACAUGUCUAUACCUUGUUCUCGUACUAAACAAACUAAAUAGCAUUAUGUAAUUAUCUUAUUUACAUGGCGGCAUGUCAUUUCUGUUUCUACGUGGUCGCGCCUUUACAAUUUUCCUCUGCUCUCUGUAUCGAGUUCCGACCUGAUUCGCACGCACACACACACACACACACACACACACACACACACACACACACAGACACAUGCGCGCACAUACACAGGUAAGCACACUUUCACCAGUGGACAGAGAGCGGACAGAGAAAUACUGUAUGUCGCGUCAACCACCUGAAAAGCAGAUCAAAAUUUGGGUUUUUAAACGCUCCCAGGGUGGUGAAAAUACGCAUGCCCUGCCCCUGACAAGCAACAGUCCAGUAAACCGGAUGACAGGUUUUCACCCAGCUUAUCCUUCGUUCCAUCCGGAUCGCAAGACACAAUGAACCAUUAAAAAAUCAGACUAUUUCUGUGGUUUAAAUUGAGCAGCGGCGCGCGUCUACAUAACUGAGAUGUACACAUCACGCGCACUCAGGGACAUUUAUGUUGAUUAUAUUUUGCCGCUAUAUCCUCUAAUAUCUUUAUUUAGCGCCAAACGUGCUUCAUUUUAACAUCGCAUAUAAAGACCUGCAGACACCAAGAGUAGAUAAAUAAAUGGACACUUUUUCUGUAACGCUUAAGUAAACGAAAAUGCAGCAGUAAUAAAGAAUUUUUAGCUGUCAGUCAAGUUUACUGUUUGCUAUAUAGGUUUGUGACAGAUUAUAAAACAUAGCGUCUUGUAUAUAGCAUUUAUGAUAUUAAUAGCAUAAAUAAUCAGCAUGUUAAAAGCAUUUCAUUGUGAAUCAUGUUUUAAUUGGAAAGAAUAUUUAGAAUCAGUUCUAGUAUGAAUGGCAUGGAAAGGCUGUUAGUAACUUUGUAAGUACUCCUGCUCAUUAUAUAUUUAUUUCAGUUGUGUGAGGUGCCGGUGGACCGGCCCUCUUCAGUCGGCGGAAGGGGUGGGAUCUCUUGUACGGAGAAUUCGAGACAACUGGGAAGGACUUUAAAAGGGGGGAGCUUCCCGAAGAGAGGAGAGCAUUUUGUCUGUUGCCCCUUUGUCUGGCUUGUGUUUUGUUUAGUUACUUUCGCGUGCAGUAUUGUUUGUUUGGGAGGUUUCGAGUACAAUUGUUUGGUGAGUAAGUAGUAUAUUUUUCGAUUGGUAUUACGAUUGAAAAGUUUAGAGGAAAUAUUUGUAGAAUUUUGUGUCCGUUGUUUGUUUGUUGGAAUUUACGUCAAGUUCAACGAAUGGUGAGCUAUAACUGAAUUUAAUACUCAUUGAAUAAGCUUAUAGGAAUUUAUCAGUGUUUAUUCGGGUUUGUUAGGUUUUGAUAAUUUGUAGGGAUAACAGAAAUGUAAGUCAUGACUUCCAAUAUUGAAGAGUUUAUUCGAAAUCCAUCGGAGGAUCUUUUAAGUGAGUGUUCGAAAGAUCAGUUGUUAGCGCUAGCAAGCCAUUAUCAUGUUGGUCUUUCUGUUGCUGAUAAACGAUUAAAGGAAAGUUUAAAAUCAAUUUUGAUAUCCGCUUUAGUAGACCAGAAGGUUCUUAAAUCAGAACCAACAACAUCUAUAUCUCAGGGUAGCAGGAUGUCUUUGACUUUCGAGCAACAGAAAGAAUUACUUUUGUUAGAGAUGAAGUCUAAGGAAAAGAUUGAGGAGAAAAAAAUAGAGGCUAAAUAUGAUAUUGAAAAUAAGAGGUUAGAUCUUGAGCGUUAUAAACUGGAUUUGAUUAAUGAAGGGAAAAUUUCAAAAGAAGCCAAAAGAUUAUCUAUUGAAGGUAGUGAACAUGAGUGUAUAGAUUUUGAUGUGGCUACGAAUUUAAGAUUGGUGCCUAAAUUUGACGAACGGGAAAUUGAAACGUUUUUCUCUUUGUUUGAGCGACUAGCUAAUGCUACGGGUUGGUUGGAUUCAGCGCGCAACUUGUUAUUGCAGUGUGUUCUCAUGGGGAGAGCUCAGGAGGUUUUUUCCUCUUUAAAUGAUCAGCAUUCGGGAAAUUAUGAAUGCGUGAAAGCAACUAUUUUGAAGGCUUAUGAAUUGGUGCCAGAGGCAUAUAGACAGCGGUUAAGAGGUUGGCAAAAAACGGAGAGGCAAACAUGUGUGGAAUUUGUGAGAGAAAUUCAAACCCAUUUUAAUCGCUGGUGUUCUGCCUCUGACAUUAAAACUUUUGAUGAAUUAAAAGAGCUGAUAGUAUUAGAACAAUUUAAGAACUCAAUACCAGCUCGUACUGCUACUUUUGUGGCUGAAGGAACAUCUCGUACAGCUUAUGCAAUCUUAGCCGAUGAAUAUGCGUUAAUUCACAAAAACCAGUUUGGACAAAGAAUUGUCAGAGAAGUUGGACGAGAAAACGAUUGGGUUGUAAGUGAUAAAAAUAUGGAUAGUUCCAGCUUCUCUAGGGGGAAAAAUUUGCUCCAAGGUGGGAAAAGUGAAUUGACAGAUGUUUGUCAUUACUGCCAGGGUAAGGGCCAUUGGAAAAAUAAUUGUCCAAUGUUGAAAGCUAAAGCUCAUUAUCUGGGAGGUAAUGAAAGGACCAAAAGCUCUGCUUUUGGAGCAAAGCCUGUAGGAUUGAUUACAUCUGUUCAAUCAUCAGGUGAAAGGACUGUAGAAGAUGAUGGUAAAACUGUGGACUCUAGUUUUUUCCCUUUUGUGAUAGAAGGUUAUGUUUCAUUAAGAGACUCUAAAGAAAGAAGACUAGUAAAAAUCCUUUGA